AUGUUUUUGUUCAAUCCCUUGACAAACUUGAAAACAUUGGACAUUUCCUUCAAUAAACUGGAAGACAUAACAAUAAACUCUUCGGGGUCUGAUGAUCUUGAGUCUGAGAAAGAACAAGCUUUCAGCUGUUCCAUCUGUCAUAAGGACGAUACCAACUCUUGUAGAGCUGGAUCUCGGCAGGGAAAGUCUCCAGGGCUGCCUCAAAAUAUCUUAGAAGGUUUGACCAAUCUAUUGUAUUUGGAUAUCAGGAACAUUGAAAUUUUAUCCUUGGAUGUAGGCAUGUUUAAUUACACACCUCAACUGCAACACCUUGAUAUUAGUUCAAAUGACCUUACAGAUGUCUCUCCUGCUUUAUUUUCCCCAAUUCAAAACCUUACAACCCUGUACAUAUCAAGAACAAAUCUUCUGUCUCUAGAUUUCCUUCUAAUAGCCAACCUUAGCAAGCUACAGUACAUGCAGGCAAGAAAGAAUCAAUUCUCAGUUAUCCGUGAAGAUGUCAUAAAUUCCGUACCAGCUCUUGAAUAUGUGGAUCUUCAAGGUAACAGUUUCACCUGUGACUGCGACAAUGCAUUCUUCGUCCAGUGGGUGGAAAACCUAAACCAAACACAAGUUUUUGACGCUUACAACUUUGUGUGCAACUAUCCUCCAAAUGUUAAAGGUAUGAAACUGUUAGACAUUGAUAUGCGAUCCUGCAUAGUGGACACUGGCUUCAUCUACUUUGUAUCCACCACAUGUACAAUCCUCCUGUUUAUGCUGGCAUCCUUCAUCUACCAUUUCCUGAGAUGGCAGGUGGUUUAUGCCUACUACCUCUUCUUGGCUUUGCUGUUGGACAAAAAGAACAAAAAAUCUCCAAAUCAGUAUGAUGCCUUUAUCUCUUAUAACAUCCAUGAUGAGCCCUGGGUCAUCGGAGAGAUGUUGCCAAAACUGGAGGGAGAACAAGGCUGGAAACUGUGUCUGCAUCAUCGAGACUUCCAGCCAGGGAGGGCCAUUAUAGACAACAUCACAGACGCCAUCUAUGGAAGCAGAAAGACCAUCUGUGUGAUCAGUCGCAAAUACCUCGAGAGUGAAUGGUGCUCCAGAGAGAUUCAGACGGCCAGCUUCCGUCUAUUCGAAGAGCAGAAGGACGUGCUGAUAUUGGUGUUCUUAGAGGAGAUUCCCACGUCUCAUCUCGCUCCUUACUACCGCAUGAGGAAACUGCUGAAGAGGCGUACCUACCUGAGCUGGCCCCGAGCCACGGACCACGCUGAGCUGUUCUGGACGAAAGUCCAUCAGGCUCUUGAGACCGAUGAAGAUCCUUCUGAUGACAGGUUCCUUCUCGGGGUGCAGGACAAGCCGUGA